GUAUGGCAGGUUAGGUGGUGGAGAGGAAACAGUUUUCCAACCACAUAGGUUUUCGCAUAAAUAUUCGCUUUAUUGUUUAGUACCACUUUGUUUUAUAGCCUUUGUUUCAUUUCUGAAAGGUCAACCGGAUUGUUGAUGGAAUAAAUAUAUGCCUUAUGAUUUCAUUUCAAUUCUCCAUGCAUGCUUUAUCUGGAAUGUGUGUUGGGAGUCUCCCCAUCACGUGGCUUUAGGAAAGUUUUGGAUUAAAAUAGGCACUACAAUAGUCAGAAAACUACACUGAAGACCGCCGUUUUUCAAAGGAUAACCAAGUGGAUCAUAUCUCUGUGGAAUAUAUCACUAUGGACUGUGGAGAAGUUUGCUGUUGGAGUCCGAAGUGGAAGGACGUGGCUGAAUGAAUGAAACAACGAAUUGGUUUAAACCGCUCCCUAUUUUAGGAGGCUGAGAGAGAGCAGAGGGAGUGCGACCCGGGAUUGGAGGCUGAGUGUGUGUCUGUGUGCUGCGAAUAUUUAGACUGAAAAGUUUACUAAUAAAUACGUUGUCACUACCUCCAAACGUUGUCCUGCCGUCCUCUGUGCUCCACCCACUCAUUGUCCGCGCUACAGUGGUGCCGAAACCCGGGAAAAGGUGGAGCACCAGUGCUGCAGCUCCAUGGAAUCCUCCCCGUUCGCGGACUUGGUCCACGCCCUCGCCACGGCUCAGCAGAGCCAGCACCAGGCACUCGUCACGCUCCGAAAGGAGCAGGAGCGCCGCUUCGAAGCCCUGGUGCUGGCUCAACAGGAAGAUCGAGAGGCGUUCCGGCGGCUCCUCGCGUCGGCGGGGUCCACCAGCGCCCCGGCCGCGGGCCCGUCUCCCCUCACUGUGACCAAGAUGGGCCCGCAGGACGACCCCGAGGCUUUCAUCACCUUAUUCGAGCAGGUCACCGAAGCCUCGGGGUGGCCGAUGGAGCAGCGCGCGGUGCGCCUCCUCCCCCUCCUGACUGGAGAGGCGCAGCUGGCCGCAUUACAGCUCCCCGCCGACCGCCGGCUGGCCUACGCUGACCUUCGCCGGGCCGUCCUCCAGCGCGUGGGGCGCACGCCGGAGCAGCAGCGCCAGCGCUUCCGCGCGCUGCGGAUGGAGGAAGCAGGCAGCCCGUUCGCGUUCGGCCAGCAGCUCCGGGACGCCUGCUGGCGGUGGCUGAGGGCCGAAGAUCGCGACGCCGAGGGAAUCAUCGACCAGGUGGUGCUGGAACAGUUCGUUGCCCGCUUACCAGCCGGAACCGCGGAGUGGGUCCAGUGCCACCGCCCGGCGUCGCUGGAUCAGGCCGUAGGACUGGCGGAGGAUCAUCUGGCGGCUGUACCGGCGGCAGGACAACGGAUGACAUCGUCUUCUGUCUCCUCUUCUCUCUCUCUGUCUUCCCCCCCUCCUCCCGUGUCCCGUCCCCGCCCCAUUCCCCCACCACGGAGGCGGGGGCCGGCUCCACCCCAGCCGGCCCGCCGCACCCGUGGUGCCCUCCCGUUUCUCCCUUCUGUGUCUGUCUCUCCCCCCCCUCAGGUGAGUGAGCCCCAGAACACAGCUGCAGAGGGGAGGCCCGGGCCGGUUUGCUGGCGCUGCGGGGAACCGGGCCACCUGCAGCAACAAUGUGCAGCGAUGGAGGUGGGGGCGGUGGUGCGGAUCCCCGACGCGCCAGAGGCUGCCCUCGAUCGGGCCGGAGCGUAUCGCAUACCGGUAAGUGUACAAGGGGCUACAUAUCAGGCCUUGGUGGAUUCAGGCUGCAAUCAGACCUCGAUCCACCAAAGCCUGGUGCAAGACGAGGCAUUGGGGGGAGCAUAAGGGGUGAAGGUGUUGUGUGUGCACGGGGAUAUUCACAGCUACCCGUUGGUGUCGGUCCACAUAUAUUUUAGAGGGGAAAAAUCUAUAGUGAAGGCGGCGGUUAAUCCUCGCCUUACCCACUCUUUGAUCUUGGGGACCGAUUGGCCGGGAUUUCGGGGUUUAAUGGCACGCCUAGUAAAGAGUGGGUCCUGCCGGUUGACGGGGGAGGGUCCCGGUGUCGCUUUGGCUGGAGCGGCGGUCGCAGAGCCGUCUACGUCAUCUCCGCGACAGGGGGAGGAGCCGCCGGCCCCUCCUCUUUCUAUUGGGGAAUCCCUCGUGGAUUUCCCACUGGAACAAUCGCGAGACGAGACUCUGCGACACGUGUUUGACCAAGUGAGAGUAAUCGAUGGUCAAACGCUCCAGCCGAACGCCACCCCGUCCUUCCCCUAUUUUUCCAUUUUGAAGGAUAGAUUAUACCGAG